GCGUAGCGGCAGGAAGGGGCGGGGCUCGGGAGGCGCCGCGCCGGUCGGCCCGAGCCGCUCCCGCCGCCGCGGCCAUGGCGUACGGUGGCCUGGCGGUGCCGAUCAUCGUCAUGAGCGUUUUCUGGGGGGUGGUCGGCGGCGUCCUGCCGUGGCUCGUGCCGAAGGGGCCCAACCGCGGUGUUAUCAACACAAUGCUGGUGACUUGUGCUGUUUGCUGCUACCUGUUUUGGCUGAUUGCAAUUCUGGCUCAACUCAACCCUCUCUUUGGGCCACAGUUAAGCAAUGAAACAAUCUGGUAUCUCCAAUAUGACUGGCCUUAAGGAUGCCUGUCCUCUGCUGCAAUUUAUUGACUAGGUAAAGAAGAUAUUUCCUCCAGAUGAAAAACUCCAGUGACCCAAAGAUGCCCUUAAUAUAGUUUGUUGGAUACCAAGUCUGCAUUAAUGCCUUAAUCCUUCUAUUGUGCUUUAAAUGGCUUGUUCAGAGCCUUAUGUUUUUUCCUACUCUACAGUUUAUCACUGUGCCUAAUACAAUUUAUACUCCUCUUUGAUACUGUAAUUUUUGCACUGUUAACUUCAGAUGUGAUGAAAAUUUAUAAAGUUUUAAUGGGUCAUAGCGUCAGCUUUCCUCUUCAUUCUACUCAUUCUAUAGGAACACUGUAUAUACUUUACAGGUCUUACGUUGCCUGGUGCUGUGCUGUUCACCCCUGUCCUGUUAGCACUUGAAAAAAAUUGAUGCAAUGAAACUGAACGCAGAGAGAAAAAACAGUGGUGCCACAUGUGAUGGCCUUUAUAUUUUAAAAUUAGUUGUAUUUUGGGGAAAUUUCGUCUUAAAUUUCUCAUGCCUGGAAAUAAAACUAAUCCUCUGCUUUAUAUCAAA